AUGAUCGUCUUAUGGAUGACAUUGUUUGUUCUUCAGCAAGGAUAUUCUCUGGUUUCAGUGAAAACAGUUCAACUUGGUGAACCAGUGACCUUAACAUGUGCUUUACCCAAAGGGCUCCAGAGUGGAGAAGUCCACUGGUACAAGCAGAAUCACGGGGAUACCCUAAAGUUAAUUAUGACAUCGUUUAAAUCUACACCAGCGGAAUAUGGUCCUGCAUUUUCUAAAUCAAGAUUUGAGGAACAUAAUGAUAACAAUUUCAGCAAUGUGACUAUUUUGAAGACCGUCCAAGAGGACGAGGGAAUCUAUCACUGUGGACUCACAGAGUGGAUUAGGACUAACUGGAGUGGCACAUAUUUGUUUGUAAAAGGAAACAAUCAGAAAACAUCAGUAGUUGUUCAACAGCUGAAAGGAUCAAAUCCACUCCAUCCAGGAGACACAGUGACUUUCCAGUGUUCAGUCUCUCACUCUGUCAACAAGACGUGUCCAGGAGGUCUCAGAGUUGUUUGGUUCAGAGACAGAUCUCAUGAAUCUCAUCCUGUCAUUUACGCUAACGUAAAUACACAUAAUGAAUGUGAGAAAAGAUCUGAUACUCAGAGGGCAUGUGUUUAUCGCUUCUCUAAGAACGUCAGCUCCUCUGAUGGAGGGACUUACUACUGCGCUGUGGCCGCAUGUGGGGAGAUAUUAUUUGGAAAUGGGACGACACUCGAACUUGAUUCAAGAUUUAAUGUAAAUAAUGAUAAAAAUUUUAGCAACUUGAUCAUUCUGAAGACAAUCCAAGAGGAUGAGGGGAUCUAUCACUGUGGAAUCACAGAGUGGAUUAAGGCUGAAUGGAGUGGGACAUACCUGUUAGUAAAAGGAAACAUUCAGAGGAUAUCAAACUACUCUGUUGUCCAGCAGCCGACAGAAUCAGAACCGGUCCGUCCAGGAGACACAGUGACUCUUGAGUGUUCAGUCCUCUCUGAGUCUCAGGCAUGUCCAGGAGAUUAUAAUGUCUUUUGGUUCAGAGCAGGAGCACAAAAAUCUCACCCAAACAUCAUCUACACUGAUGGAAAUAGAAAAAAUGAAUGUGAGAAAAGAUCAGAGACUCAGAAAAGAUGCAUUUAUCGCUUCUCUAAGAACGUCAGCUCCUCCGAUGCUGGGACUUACUACUGCGCUGUGGCCACAUGUGGAGAGAUAAUAUUUGGAAAUGGAUCUUCAGUGGAACUUGGUAUGAUUAUGAAUUAA